CAAGAAUUCUUCUCUUAUCGAAACUAAGGAAGAGAAAACAGAUGCGUAUAAUCAAUAAUUCAUCCACGCUUUCUUUUUCGUCGGCAAUCAUUUUGAUCGAGACUAUUACAGAUUUGACAAGCGUAUCGACAAGAUGGUUAUGCUCCAGAGCGUUCAACCAUUUCGGAGAGUGCCUCUCUAUAAUUGGCAUCGCCUAUGAAUUAAACAUCAGCCACCAACUACUUCAAUUAGUUAAAAAUCCGAUAUUCGCAUUUGGUUCGACAGAUUCGUCCUCAACUUCAACAGGAUACGUACUUUAUAUUAAAAACAUCAAAACAUUUCACGCAUUAAAAGAAAAUGGCGUACAGAAUUCCUAAGAUGAAGUUCGUGUUCUGUACAUUAGUUUACUUGGUUUUUCCAGCUUCUCGGUGUUCGGCUUUAUCUCUUUCCUAUCUGAGAACUGCUGGACAGACUCAAGACGUGGAAGAUGGCAUCAGAGCUCCCGAGCGUACGGAAGUUUUGGCUUGUUUGGGUGUAUGCGAGAGAACUCCCACUUGUAUGUGCGUAAGAAUUUCAACAAAUGGCGAAGGAUUGUGUCAAAGUCUAAACAGCACAGUGGAUAUUAACGGGCAAGACAAAACCGGAUACGUCUACUUUGCUCAGGCCUUAUAUAAAGAUACUAUCGAUAAAGAAAGCCAAGCACUGAACAAACCGGCCCACCAGAGUUCAAUAUAUGUUCUGAACAACGUUCGAUACACUGCCGACCGCGCCGUGGACGGAAACAGAAACAUAGACGGAUUCCAGGCCCCAUAUUUUGCUCACACGCAAGACGGCGACAACGCUGACACCUUUCCUUGGUGGCAAGUCGAUUUGGAGGAGGAAUACAUUGUUACCGGAGUUAAUAUACUCAACAGAAGAAAGUGGUCUGAACGUCUUCACGAUUUUGAAGUUCGAGUCGGGAACACUCGACUUUCCAACGCUUACAGUAACAAGCAUUUCGAUUUGAAUCCACUCUGUGCUAAACACGAAGGGGCGGGAGUGGGAGACGGGGGGUUGGCGCGAUUGGUGUGUCAACCCUGUCCGACUCGAGGUCGAUACCUCAGCAUCCAAAUAGUCAAACCCUGCGACACAUGCGAGGAAGCGUCUAAAAAUGUCCUGCAGCUCGCAGAAGUGGACGUCUUCGGGGUGAAAGCAGAAUAAAAUUUUAAUGCUUAUAGAUCUACAUUCUGAAAUUCUGGCGAUCAUUUAAAAAAAAUAUGAAUAGAAAAUUUAAAAAGUAAUAUUGGCGUAUGUGUUAUUCAAUUUUGAAAUAAAUUAUUAUUAUUUUAUGGCUUCUAAGGAAAUCUUGAAUGAAAGAAAUAUAUGGCAUUCCAAUAGGAGCACAAUUUAUUAACUU